AUGGUCAGCGUGACCAGUCCGUUCCUGGGCCUCUCCAGCCUCCUGCGAUCGCAGCCGGGUCCUCAGCCAGAGCCUGUCCUCAUCACCAUGGCAACAGUGGUGCUUACUGUCCUUACCCACACCCCUGCCUCCCGAGUCCGGCUGGGACAGGACACCGUGCUGGACCUGAGCUUUGCCUAUACACCACCUGUCCCCGAGCCCGUCACUGCCCUGGCCACAGGGCCCCCUCCCUUUGGGCUGGAGUGGCGACGCCAGCACCUGGGUAAGGGGCACCUGCUCCUGGCCGCGACUCCCGGGCUGGAAGGGCAGGUGCCGUCAGCCCGAGAGGGGGCAGUGGCGUUCGCUGCUUGGGACGAAGAUGGGCCUUGGGGCCCAUGGACCGGGAACGGCACCUUCUGGCUGCCAGCAGUGCGACCAUUUCAGGAGGGCACCUACCUGGCCACGGUGCACCUGCCAUACCUGCAAGGACAGGUUGCCCUGCAGCUCGCCGUGAACCAGCCCCCCAAAGUGUCGCUGAGGCCGGCUGCCCUCGUUUGGGCUGCCCCGGGGGAGGCCCCCCCAGAGCUGCUCUGCUUCGUGUCCCGCUUCUACCCUCCCGAGGACCUGGAGGUGGAGUGGGAGCUCCAAGGGGGCCCAGGUGGCCGCUGGCAGAAGGCCGAGGGGGAGAGGUGGCUCUCGGCCCUGCACCACCACGCCGAUGGCUCCGUCAGCCUCUCCGGGCACUUCCAGCCGCCCCCGCUCACCGCCGAGCACCAUGGCGUGCACUAUGCCUGUCGUGUCCACCACCCCAGCCUGCCCGCCGUGGGGCACAGCGCCGUCAUCAGGGUGGAAGUGGCAGGCCUUUCUGGGCCCUUGCUGGACGACGGCGUAGGCCUCUUCCUGUCUGCCUUUCUGCUCCUCGGACUCAUCAAGGCGCUGGGCUGGACUGCUGCCUACCUGAGCACGAGCAGGGAUCCAAAGGAGAAGAAAACACAGUGAAGGUGCUCCACCACCAUCCUGUGGAAGCCACCAUCUCUGGCCCAAACAACUGUAGCAUUUCCCCAAAACAGUACUGUUACCUGCUCCUACUCCCUCCAAGGAAUCAGAAAAAAAAAAUUUUUAAGACACA